GGCUCGCUCAGUCUGACUCACCUUCUCUCUCGUCUUCCCUUUCUCUCUCUAACACCGAAACCAAACCCUUUUUUUCUCACUUUUGUUUCGCUUCUUCUCUCUGCAUUGCGUUGCAUUCAUCCCUGUUUGGUGCGGUGGACCUUUUGGUCUUUUCACAUUCCCAUCACACUCCCAAUCACACGGUCCCUCUCCAUCCACGUCACCUUCGUCUUCUUCAUACCCUCUCCACCCUCCUUUCUGUCUCUCCCUUCUCUCACUAUAUAACAACAACGUUUUCAUUUCUUUAGGGUUUCCUAAAGCCAUUCUCCACCGCACUGCACAAUCAUCCAUCGUCUCCAACAUUUCAUGUCUCUUUCCACUUCCUCCUUCGUUCCUCAAUUUCAUCUUCCGCGUCUCUUCUCUUGCGUUUAAGGGUUUUGAUUGAGAUUUGUUCGUGCGGGGUUCAAAUUUUUUAAAUUGGGUCCCUGAACGCGUUUUUGGCGGCAGUUUGGUGUUAUGAUUCAUGGCAAUUGAGAAAAACAACUUUAAGGUGUUGAGGCCUGAUUCCGAGUGUUCUCCCCGAAGUGGAGAAACUAUGUCUAGUGACGAAGAGGAGCUUCGGGGGCGUAACUCUGCCGUAGAAUCCGAUGAUGAUGAUGAGUUUGACGAUGCUGAUUCUGGGGCAGGGUCUGAUGAUUUUGAUUUACUGGAAUUGGGCGAGACGGGGGCGGAAUUUUGUCGGAUUGGGAAUCAGACUUGCAGCAUUCCUUUGGAACUCUACGAUCUUGCAGGGCUUGAAGAUAUACUGUCGGUGGAUGUGUGGAACGAAUGUCUGAGUGAGGAGGAGAGGUUUGAACUUGCCAAGUAUCUGCCUGACCUGGACCAAGAGAAUUUUGUUCAAACCUUGCAAGCGCUUUUCACUGGUGGUAACCUCCAUUUUGGGAGUCCUAUCAAGAAGUUAUUUGAUAUGCUGAAGGGUGGCUUGUGUGAGCCCAGAGUUGCUCUUUACAGGGAGGGCUUGAAUUUUUUCCAGAAGCGACAACACUAUCAUCUGUUGAGGAAGCAUCAGAAUAACAUGGUUAGCAAUCUUUGUCAGAUAAGGGACGCUUGGCGUAACUGUAGGGGGUACAGUAUUGAAGAAAGGCUCCGUGUACUGAACAUUAUGAGAAGUCAAAAGAGUUUGAUGUAUGAGAAGAUGGAAGAUUUGGAAGCUGAUUCUUCAGAUGAAGAGUCUGGUGAAGGUGUAUGGAGCAGGAAGAGCAAAGAUAGGAAAAUUGCACAGAAAAUGGGUCGCUAUCCUUUCCAUGGGGUGGGUUCUGGUCUAGAAUUCCCGCCCAGAGGACGAUCAGUGGUUAUGGAACAAGAGCAGUAUGGGAAGCAAAACCCAAAAGGUAUACUCAAAUUGGCUGGUUCGAAGACACCUUCAGUAAAGGACCCAACGGGUCGCUCAUCUUCUUACCAUGCUUCAGAUAUGAAUCCUGGGCUUAAUGGUUCAGCACGUGCUCUUUCCCAACAGAAAAAGUCAGUGGGAUAUGAUUCAGGGUCAAUGCUCAGGUUAAGGGAUCAGCUAUGGAAUGGUGACAAUGAUGAGGAAAUGUCAUAUAGACUAAGUGUCCAAGAUCACAAUUUACCACGCAGCAACCUUGUGGACAAGUCUGGUGUUCGCAGACUUGGAAAGAGGCAUGACCGUCUACGAGGCGAUGGGACAGAUACUGACAAUUUGACGGGUCUAUCUCUGUCUUCAAAGACUGAUCUACAUGGAUACUCUAGAAAUUCAAACCAAUCUUCUGAUAUGAAAAUGUUCACAACAAAGCCAUCUUCUAAGAGAGGUUCCUAUGAAUUUCCUAGAAAGGUUAGGCAUCCUGAAAAUGUUCAACAAUUUUUAGGUAGUGAUCAGGUAAAGUCUAGAUUGAGGGGUUCACAGUUACCACUUAAAGUCAAUACAGUUGAUUCCGCAGAUUGUGAUGAACUUUUCUACAGCAACGAAACACCAGGACAGGAAUUUGGUAUGGAUUCCUCACGUAGAUAUGAUGAUUGGAAUCUAAAGGGCAAGAAGUGGAAGGCAGGGAGAGAGUCUCCUGAUCUCAGUUACACUGCUUAUAGAUCUUCCUCUCCACAGGUGAGUGAAAGAUUUCUAUCCUCUGACUUUAGAGCAAAGUCAUUGCAGGAGAAGAUCAGAGGGCCUUUUAUGAAGAACGGAGGAAAAGACACAAUGGCUUUGAGGAGUAACCAGAUGCUUCUUAGAAGUGAAGAAACUGAAUCAGACUCAUCUGAACAGUUGGAUGAUGACGAGGAUAACAAUCCUCUAUUCCAGAGCAAAUAUCCUUAUCUGAUGGGUACAGCUACUGGUUCACGCACUAAAUCAUUGAAGUCUUAUCUAGAUCCCAAGAAGGACAAAUUUGUUACAGAUUUCAAAUCACGUGUACUAACACAGUCCAAAAAGAAAGGUAGCUUUGCAGAGCAGGGGCGUAAGCAUGGUGUAGAAAAUUACCUUUCAAAAGCCAAACAGAAGGGUGAAAUACGCAAUGGUGGUCCUUUGCAUAACCAGGCUGGUAAAUUUAUUGAAGAGAGCUAUCCCUCUGGAUCAGAUAUGCUUAAUGCUGGUGAUGAUGAUUGGAAACAGGUAUACAAGAAAGGCAGAAAAAAUGGUCAAAUACGAGAACACAUAGAAAGGUUAGACAUGCCCUCAUCAAAUGCAUAUACUGCUGAGCGAAAGAAGAAAGGGAGGACUGGCCUUGAUCAUUCCAUUAUGAGGUCAAAAUAUUUGCAUGAGUAUACUGGUGAUGAAGAUGACUCACUUGAAAGACAGUUGCUAGUGGAUGAUAAUGAAGUUGGACAAAGUAGGUAUGGAAGAAAAGGGCAGAUAUAUGCUACAUAUAAGGGUGAUCAAAAUGAUAGAUCGGAGGCAUCAUUGCUUGGUUGCAACUCAAUAAUGAAAAAGCGAAAAAUGAAGGAUGAUGCAGCAGAUCUUGGUGGAAGAGAUGAAGAUGUUAAUCUUCUGUUGAACACCCAGACAGAUGAUUCAACUUAUGUGAAAAGAAAGUCAAAGAAAAAAACAGAUGUUGGGAUGAUUAAUUCAGAAAAGAAAAAUUCUGAACUGCAUGUUACUGAUAUGGGGACAGCAGAUAUAGAACUGGAAACCAAGCCGCAGAAAAAGACAUUUACUUUGAUCACGCCUACAGUUCAUACUGGAUUUUCAUUUUCUAUUAUACAUCUUCUUUCUGCAGUUCGCAUUGCAAUGAUUAGUCCACUUGCAGAAGACGGUUUAGAAUUGGGGAAACCUAGAGAAGAGCAAAACAAAGUACAGGAAGGAGGAGGUGUGAAUGGGGCUCUUUCUAACCAUAAGAUGCCUGCCAAUUGUGAGCCUGCUGACCAAGUGAACAUGCCAUCUCUUACUGUUCAGGAGAUCGUUAACCAUGUGAAAUCAAACCCUGGUGAUCCUUUUAUUCUUGAGACCCAAGAACCACUGCAGGAUUUGGUCAGAGGUGUUCUGAAGCUAUUUUCUUCCAAAACAGCACCCCUUGGAGCAAAGGGUUGGAAGGUACUAGCAGUUUAUGAAAAAACUUCAAGAAGUUGGUCUUGGACUGGGCCAGUUAAUCAUAAUUCAUCUGACCAUGAUAACGUUGAGGAGGUGACAUCUCCUGAAGCUUGGGGUCUUCCUCGUAAGAUGCUUGUCAAGUUGGUUGAUUCCUUUGCCAAUUGGUUGAAAUGCGGUCAGGAAACGCUUCAACAAAUAGGAAGUCUUCCUGCACCUCCUUUAUCCUCUAUGCAAGUCAACCUUGAUGAGAAGGAAAGGUUUAGAGACCUGAGGGCUCAAAAGAGUCUUAACACCAUAAGCCCAAGUUCAGAGGAAGUAAGGGCAUAUUUUCGCAAGGAGGAAGUUCUCAGGUACUCAAUUCCUGACAGAGCAUUCUCUUAUACUGCAGCUGAUGGUAAAAAAUCUAUCGUGGCACCUUUGAGAAGGUGUGGCGGUAAGCCAACAUCGAAAGCCCGAGACCAUUUUAUGUUAAAACGUGAUCGUCCACCACAUGUUACAAUUCUUUGUCUUGUCAGAGAUGCAGCAGCUAGGCUACCUGGAAGUAUUGGCACUAGAGCAGAUGUUUGCACAUUAAUUCGUGAUUCUCAAUACAUUGUUGAAGAUGUUUCUGAUGCACAAAUUAAUCAAGUAGUUAGUGGAGCCUUGGAUAGAUUGCAUUAUGAACGUGAUCCUUGUGUACAGUUUGAUGGGGAAAGGAAAUUGUGGGUUUAUUUACACAGAGAAAGAGAAGAGGAAGAUUUUGAGGAUGAUGGCACUUCAUCCACAAAGAAAUGGAAGAGGCAGAAAAAAGAUGCUACCGAUCCAUCUGAUCAAGGAACAGUAACUGUUGCUUGUCAUGGAACUGGGGAGCAAAGCGGGUAUGAUUUGUGCUCAGAUCUCAAUGUGGAUCCACCAUGCAUUGAUGAUGAUAAGGGAAUUGAACUUUUGUCUACUGAUACAAGGCUAAAUGCUGAGGACAAUGUUGAUGUUAAUCGUUCUUCUGAAGAAGGCAAUGUUUGUGAUGGAAAUUCAAUGGCUUGGGAGGCUCUUGGUGUAAAUCGCACCCGAGAGUUAUGCCAAGAAAAUUCAACAAAUGAAGAUUUUGAUGAUGAGUCCUUUGGGAGAGAAAGACCUGUUGAAAUACUAAGUGCAAGCUUAUUGUGAUGUACAGGAAAUUAUAGUAAUGGAACAUCUAUUAAUACUUGUGACUUAUUCAAAGAUAUACUUGUUUCUGCAGACUCUGGUCCUUCUGCAUUCGAGAGUUCGGUCUGCCUGGUUGUAGCUGUGCUUGUACAUAGAUGCGGGCGCAGUAUCUUUGUAUAUUGAUUUGAUCGUAAAGAAUAGAAUAGAAUAGAAUAGAAUGUGAUCUUGUUGAAGAUCGUGCACUUUGGUUAGAUUAGCUGGAUGUUUUAACAGCUUUACAUCCCAUUAAUAAUACUCUUUUGGAUCAAGGAGCUCAAUGUGGCGUUGUUGUAUUUCAUCGCAACAUUCUUAUUUUAUCUGUAUAUAUCGCUCAAUUAAGACAUGAUGUCAAAACAUCCAAUAAGUCUGUUCACCCAAAUGAACAGGACAAAAUAUUAAUUACCCUCAGAUGAAAAGCACGAGACAUUAUUACU